ACACUGAUGUUUUUCCUAAAUAAUCAACAAUGUCGGCAAAUAAUAUUGAAACCCCAAAAAGCGAACUAGAAGUGCACAGAUUACCAACAGACGCUGAAGAAUUUGAAUUCAAUGGCUGGCUUUUCAAAUACACAAAAUCCCAUAUAUUACAUUCUUUGUGCAGUACUCCAGAAAAAUGUAAAUCUCAACAGGAACAAUGCCUUUUGUGUUUAUACACAAGUUGUCUAGAGCUUCCUCAUCUUCCCGAAAUGGUAUUUCCCCGAAACAUUCUCACAAUUGUCCACCCUAGCGGUGCCAAAAUCGAAUUCAACACGCUAGAUGCAUUGAAAAAGGUCUGCAAUGGAAAACUCCCUAUUCAAGUAGCUUGUUCUGUUGCCUGGAAAGAAUCCAGAUCUGCUGAACAUUUAGAACAAAAAAUCAAGCCUUUUGAUUGGACUUUUAGUACCAAUUAUUGUGGUACUUUAAGUGAAAAUGCUUGUGUUGAACCCACUGAAGAAACAAUAGACAUGGAAAUGCUUAAGAGAAAAGAACAAAUUUUGUUUUAUCAUGAAAUGAUGCUUUAUGAAGAUGAGUUGCAUGAUAAUGGGAUUUCCUCUUGUACUAUUAAAAUUAGAGUAAUGCAAAGUUCCUUCUUUGUCCUGUUGCGUUUCUUCCUUAGAGUAGACGGAGUUAUGGUGCGCAUAAAUGAUACAAGGGUGUUUCACGAUUUCACUAAAGACUUUGUGCUAAGGGAGUUUACCAAUAAAGAGUGCGGUGUAAACGAAGUCAAGUUACCAUUGACUGCUUUUGGGGAUCCUAAUUUGUUAUCGCCCUAUAUGCCAUUAAGGACUUCUUCGUUAGAGAAAAUCACUUUUAAUAAUCAUUAAUUAUAAGACUUAAUUUAUUUAAUAAUAUUGUUUUUUUUUUUUCAAUUAU